GUUAUUUAAGUAUUUAGAAUUAUUAUAGUUGUCUAGUACUCAUAAUACAAGCUUUGCUUAGUUUGCGACUAGAUGGCGUCGAAAGAUGUGGAAUAUAAAAUAGAAUGUGUCCCCGUAGGCGUGGCGGCCGGCUCAUCGGAGUCAGAGUCCAGUGACGACGAGUCACCGAUUGUGAACAACAAAAAAAAGUCCCCUCGCAGCGGUCGCUCGCCGCGCCAGCCGCCGUCCGCCUCCAGCGACAGCGAACACGACGCGCGCUCAGACAAGGACGCCCCCGGUCAGCGUCGCUCGCUGCGCUACUCGGACGUGACGCGCCAGUUCGCGGCCCGGCGGCGCGGCGUCACGUCCGCCACGUCCGACACGUCCGGGACGCCGCGCCCGGCCGCGCGUCCCGGACGCCCCUCCCGCACCAGCUGCACCUAUAAGGAGGCCUCCGACUCGUCCGACGACUUCGCCCCAAGAAACUGACGCGAUCCCGCAAACUAUACAAUCCGAACGCUAAGCUUUAGCACAACCUGCAGGUUACUGUGCGGGCACUGCAGUGUCAGGGACGGCGUGUGUUUGACGAUCGAAUACAGACUUUAAAACUGUUCGUAUUAAUUGUAUAUUUGUUUGACGUAGUACUUGACGCACAUUUGUGAACUUUCUGUGGAUAGUUUUUGAGUCAGUUUUUGAUUAUUCAGAGAUCUGCUGCUCCGCCACCUGACACUGCAGUGUACUGCGAUGCUGAGUCAUUGAUGUGGCCCCUUGUGUUCAGUAGCGAGAGAGCUUCCAAAUCAUAUUAUGUUGUAUCAGAAUUGUUAAUAUUGUAUUAGCUAUGGUGCGGCAUGGCAACACUGUUCAGAAAAUGAUUAUGAGUAUAUUUUUUAAAUAAAGACUCGUCUGAGUAACUUGUUCUAU